AUGUCAGUGCCUUCGAACGUUCCUGACUACGAUGUGAUUGUGGUGGGAGGAGGCUUCUCAGGUUGCUGUCUUUUGAAACUCCUUAGAGAACAAGGAUUCUCUGUCCUUCUUCUGGAAGCCAACUCACGACUCGGCGGCGUGUGGGCCUGGACUCAUUACCCAGGAGCGAGAGUUGACUCAGAGCUUCCCUACUACGGAUAUUCUGAUCCUGCUAUAUGGUCGACAUGGACGUGGACGGAACGCUUCAGCUCGAACCAGGAACUGCGAGGCUAUUUUGAUCAUGUUGAUCAAGUAUGGGACCUGUCUCGCGAUGUGUCGUACAACACCAAAGUGACUGGUGCACAAUGGUCGGACGAGAGCGCGACAUGGCUGAUCUCAACUGGAGAAGGACAGCCACAGUACCGGUGCACUUGGUUCGUAUCCGCAAUAGGCACAAGUUCAAAGCCAUAUGUACCAAACAUCAGGAACCUGGAGAGUUUUCAGGGCACAAUGGUGCACUCCUCAGACUGGCCUGAGACUGGAAUCGACAUAGCUGGCAAGCGGGUGGCCAUCAUUGGUGCGGGCAGCACUGGUGUACAAAUCAUGCAAGAAAGCGCAAAGAUAGCAUCCAGAGUGGUUCAGUACUCCAAGACUCCCAAUUAUGCUCUGCCCAUGCGACAGCGCCCGAUCCACGAAGAGGAAAUCUACACCACAAAGGCGCAUAUUCCAUAUCUGUUCCAGGCAUGCCGUACAACACGAAUAGGACUGCCAGUGUCCAACACAGGCAAGAAGACUUUUGAUGUUUCGGAUGAGGAACGACAGGCAAUAUGGGAGGAUACAUGGAAACGUGGUGGCUUCAAUUGGUCGCAAGGUGGCUUCAUCGACACGGUGUUCGAUACCAAAGCUAAUCGCGCCGCGUAUGAUUUCUGGUGCAAGAAGACACGAGCAAGGAUUAUAGAUCCGGUCAAAGCAGACAUACUCGCUCCUCGUGAGCCGCCGUACUGGAUACUGACGAAGAGGCCGUCUCUUGAGCAGGACUACUUCGAGAUGUGCGACCGACCGAAUGUGGAACUUACGAACACACCAAUCCUAGAGUUCAGUGAAUCUGGUAUUGUGACAGAAGACGGCCAAGUGCGAGAAUUCGAUGUGGUAGCGCUCUGCACCGGCUACGAUGCUGUCACAGGGGGUCUACGAGCCAUGAACAUCAAGGGUAGAGAUGGACUGGACCUUGAUGAAAAAUGGAAAGACGGCAUACAGACGCAUCUUGGCAUGGUCGUAAACGGAUUUCCCAAUAUGUUCAUGGCUUAUGGUCCACAAGCUCCUACAUCGCUAACGAACGGCCCACCCUUCAUUGAGAUUCAGAGCGAAUGGAUCGUACAAACGCUCUGCCGACAGCGUGAGGAGAAGAUAGUGGCUCUUGAGCCAAAGCUUGAGAAGGAAGAGGCUUGGAGACAGACCGUAGCCAAAUUGGCCAACAGCACUCUGCUCUCCAAGACCAAGUCAUGGUAUACCGGAUCUAACGUACCAGGAAAGCGCAACGAAUUCCUGUUGUACAUUGGCGGGAUUCCUCAAUGGAAGGAAGAGUGCGACAGGGCAUUGGAAGGCUGGGACGGCUUCGACAACAAGCAGAGGAAAGACAGUCAUCAAUCGGGGGUAAAAGUUGCGACAUGA